CGGCGGGGCGCGACCGGCACACGGACUGAGCCGAGCCACCCUGCCGAACCCAUCCCUGCAGCAUCGAACAGAACCGAACGCAUCCCUCCGACACGCAGCUGAUCGCUAAGGCACGGAGCCAGACCCAUCCCUGCCUCACCGAGGCCGUUCUUUCCGCGCCCAGCCCAUCUCUACGGUACCGCACCGAGCCGUGCCUUGCGGUACCGUACCGCGUCCUACGGCACCGCACCGAGCCCAUCCGUACACCAGCGCUCCUGCCCUGCGGCACCGCACCGCAUCCCGGGCACCGCAUCGAACCCGUGCCCUGCGGCACCGCACCGCAUCCCGGGCACCGCACCACAUCCCAGGGCACCGCACCGAACCCGUGCCCUGCGCUACCGGACCGCAUCCCGGGCACCACAUCGAACCCGUGCCCUGCGCUACCGGACCGCAUCCCGGGCAUCGCAUCGAACCCGUGCCCUGCGCUACCGCACCGCAUCCCGGGCACCGCACCGCACCCUAAGGCGCCGCACCCCCGGCCCCGCUCCGCUCCCCGCUGCCCGCAGCGCCGUGCCCGGCGGGACCAUGAUGUCGUGUGCCGAGCUGCUGGCCGUGUGCCUGCUGUCCGCAGAUCGCGGCCCCAAGCCCCGCCGCCAGCCGCUGCCCAUCUUCCACGACAUUUUCCGGCGAGCCGACAAGAACGAUGAUGGGAAGCUGUCAUUUGAGGAGUUCAAGAACUAUUUCUCCGAUGGCAUCCUGAGCUCGGAGGAGCUGUGGGAGUUGUUCAGUGGCAUUGACAGGCGUCACUCAGACAACGUGGACACGGAGAAGUUGUGUGAUUAUUUCUCAGCAUACCUGGGGGAAUACAGGAAUGUUCUCUCUGCCCUGGAAACGCUCAACGCUGCGGUGCUGGCAGCCAUGGACAAAACCAAGCUGAGGUACGAGACAGCCUCCAAGAUGGAGCAGUUCCUGACGCGGUUCCUGCUGCGGGAAACCAUGCACCAGCUGCAGUCCCUGCAGGCGUCCCUCGAGUGUGCUGUGGACACCGUGGAGGAGCAGGCGGGGCGGGAGAGAAAAGAGAUCAAGAACUCGCAGACUUCAGUUGGCCUGAGGUCAGGGAGGCGCUGUGGGCGCAGGGGACAGAAGAACGUCUGUCUGACCCCAACAGACCCCUACUCUGGGAUGCUGACAACAGGUGUUUGUGUUGAGGACAACAGCCAGUGGAUGGCUCAGAUCAACAGGCUCCAGCAGCUCAUCGAGAAGCUGGAGUGCAAGAGCCCCCGCCUGGAGCCACUGAAGGAGGAAGCCAUGUGCAAGGGACAGGAUGCACACAUCCUGGUGGCCAAGAGGCAGAUCUCGGUGGCCACGAGCAGCAUCGAGCAGUUCCGGAGGGCGGUGCGCUCCUACACCGAGGGCACGGCCGGCCACAGCAGCUGCCUGCAUGUCUCUGCCUGCAAGCUGACUGACGAGCCCUGCUUCAUCCUGUACGAGUUCUGGCAGGACGUGCCCUCGUGGAGAAGCCAUUUGCAGUCCAGCUGCAGCAAGACCUUCCAGCAGUCCAUCCUCAGCCUGCUGGAGUCCCCAGAGCUGCUGACCACCAUGCUGUUCCCAGCCUCCUGGUGGAUCAUGAACAACAACUGACCCGGGCCAGCGUCUCCAGGACCCCAUCAGCAUGCGGGAGGAUGUGGGCACAGCCUCUGUCACCUCUGUCACCUCCCUGUCCCUCCAUUCCCUCCUGUGGCCAGCGGGGGCUGCCUGCCCUCGGCCCUGCCGCUGUUUUGCUCCUUUGCUCUUUUCAUGUGAAUUUAUUUAUUUAUUUCUCCUGCUCCCAA